CCGAAACAACUGGCAGUGCACCGUUUCGUGUUUACAUUCCGAGACGGCAUGGAGCAGCAAAAUAUCCAUUCCAAGAAGAGGAUAUGAUGAUUCGAGGCGUUGCAGUGCUGCCGCGGAGCCCCUCUUCCCCUUCCCCUCUCCCACCCAUCGUCUUCUUCUCCUCCUCGCUCUCCUUUCCAAAUGCCACAGUCACUCGCUGCUCCCUCGCUCCCCCGGAUACAGUCGACGCCUCGGCCUCCGGCGGUGGGGCCGGCGACGACCUGCUGUCGGCGAGGGAGAGGAGGCAGCUGAGGAACGAGAGGAGGGAGAGCAGGGCCGGUGGGGUCGGCUGGCGGGAGGAGGUGGAGGAGCGUCUCCUCCACAGGCCCAAGAACCAGAGGAAGAAAGCGGCCUCCUGGACCGAGGAGCUCAACCUCGACAACCUCGCCCGGCUCGGCCCCCAGUGGUGGGUCGUCCGCGUUUCCCGCGUCACCGGCCAUGAGAUCGCCGACCGCCUCGCCCGCUCCCUCGCUAGGAACUACCCCACCGUAGAGUUCAAGGUUUAUUAUCCAGCUGUUCGAGAGCAAAGGAAACUAAAAAAUGGUUCUGACUCUGUGAAACUUAAGCCCCUUUUUCCUGGUUGUGUCUUCCUAAAUUGUGUUUUGAACAAGGAGAUUCAUGACUUUAUCAGAGAAAUUGAUGGCAUUGGAGGCUUUGUAGGGUCCAAAGUUGGAAAUACCAAAAGGCAGAUAAACAAACCAAAACCUGUUCCAAUGGAGGAGAUGGAAGCAAUAUUUCAACAAGCUAAAAAAGAGCAAGAUAAUGCUGUCAAACAAUCCAAAGAUCAACAGCAGCAGAAUGUUCUGAAUGGCUCUGUAGAUAGCAUAAAAUCUGCCACAAAGACUAAGCCUAGCAACUCAAAGAAAGGUUCAAGGUAUUCUGAAAGUAGCUUGGUGCAUUUAGAGGAUCAUAAAUCUCUUGCACCAGGUUCUAAUGUUCGCAUUUUGUCUGGGCCGUUCUCUGAAUUUACUGGCUGCAUCAAGGAGGUGAAUCUUGGAAGUGGAAAGGUUACUGUUAGCUUGCAGUUGUUUGGCAAAGAUAACUAUGUGGAUCUGGCGAUUGACCAAAUUGUUUUAGAAGCUUCAUGAGGUUGGAAUUGGACCUUUGCUGUUGGUCCUUCAUAGUUACCUCUUUUUGACUUCUUCUCAGGGUAUUAUUUUUUGAAUUAAUGGAUGAGCAAAGCAUUAUAAAUAUCUUAGUUGUAUUGGCAAAUAUUUGCAUUUUUUGUUUAAUUUAUGUUGUGAUUACACAUCCCAUAAAUCUAGGAACUCAAGCAGAGUAACUUUGACGUCAAAUACUCAGCAAGUAGAUCCCUACAAUGUGGACCUAAGGCAAAUGUAAUCCUUCCUGCUCGCAAUAAACUGUUUCUGCACAAU